GUACAAUUGGAUUCCAGCACGUGAUGGUCAAGUACCAGCUGGUGCAUUACUUGCUGGGAUGACCAGUCAUGGUGAAUCUUUGUAUGUAGCUCGUGCUACAAUAAACGAUGAAGUGUGUGUUGGCAAAGUGAAUCGCUCAUAUAAGUGUGCACUUUUCCCAUGGGGCGACGAAGAGCAUAAACUGAGGGAAUAUGACGUUCUUUGUGUUUUAGAAUAA